AUGCAGCCGUCCGUCAGGAAGAGGCCGAGCUCAGGUCUGCGUGCAGCGAUGUUCAUGUGCAGCCGCUCGGCGAGUUCUGCAGAGACGGUUCUGCCGAAGCUUCGGUUCCACCUGGACCUCUGGCUCAGCUUCACCGUCCAGAACUGGGUCCUGGAUGUGGGCCGACCUGUUGUCAUGCUCGUCCUCCCAGCGAACCUGUUUCCUCUGAACCGUCCUGGUGCAGCGGAACUUCUCCACGUUCUCUACAGUGUCACGGCUCCGCUCAUCCUGCUCAAAAURCUCGAGCGCAGUCCCAGGAUUCUGCCCCUCCCCAUCGUCCACCUCGGCAUCAUCUUCAUCGUCAUGGGAACCAGCUUCCACCUGGUGGCCGAAUCCAUCCGUCGUCGGCUCGUGUUGAUUGGCUACGAGCUGCACCUGUCAGUCAGAGAGAACCCGGUGAUGAAGGAGCUCAGACCCUCCUCAUUGAUUGAUGUUUUCGAGUUCGUGUUUCACUUCGACGACUCUCUGGGUCACCUGAUGUGGUACGUUCCUCUGUUCCUCAUCCUCCUGCUCUUCUUCAGUGGUUGUUUCUGCCACAGGACGCAGGUGGACAGGAUGACCCCAGCAGCCUGGACGCUCCUCGUUCCAAACACCACCUACUACUGGUUCCUGGUCACUGAAGGACAAACCUUCAUCCUCUUCCUCUUCACCUUCUUUGCAAUGGCCGCCACAGUGAUGCACCAGAGGGGGCGGGGCCUGGUCCCUGACAGUAACGGCCUCUUCAUGCUCCACAG